GCGCUGAGGGAGGCGGCCCCGCGGCGCGUCGCCCCACGGGGAGCCGGCUCCUCGCCCGUGGGCUCCUUCCCCCGCACCCCACCGGCGGCCCGGCCGAUGCUGGCGCGGUGCCGCUUAGCGAACCUGCUACCGCGGCUCUGCGCCCUCCGUCCCAGCCUCGCCAUGAGCACCGGCACCGGCACCGGCACCUUCGCCACCCGCCAGCCCCUCAACUACCGAGCGGGCGCCCGCGUUCAGCCCGCCGACGGCGGCCAGGUCCAGGAGGUGUAUGAGCCGGCCACAGGUCGUGUGAUAAGCCAGCUGUUCUGCUCUGGGGAGAAGGAGGUCGAUCUGGCUGUGCAGAGUGCAAAGGCUGCCUUUAAAAUAUGGAGCCAGAUGUCUGGCAUGGAGCGGAGCAGGGUGCUGCUGGAGGCUGCCAGAAUUAUUCGGGAGCAGAGAGAAGAAAUUGCCACCUUGGAAACCAUCAACAAUGGGAAAUCCAUCUUUGAAGCCAGAGUGGACAUUGACAUAUCCUGGCAGUGCCUGGAGUACUACGCAGGACUGGCAGGCUCUCUAGCUGGUGAACACAUCCAGCUUCCUGGGGGAUCCUUUGGGUACACUCGGAGAGAGCCCCUUGGGGUGUGUGUUGGGAUCGGAGCCUGGAAUUACCCUUUCCAGAUUGCCUGCUGGAAGUCUGCCCCAGCCUUGGCUUGCGGCAAUGCGAUGGUCUUCAAGCCCUCUCCCUUCACCCCCAUUUCAGUGGUGAGGUUGGCAGAGAUCUUCACGGAGGCCGGUGUGCCCAAAGGGCUCUUCAAUGUGGUGCAGGGUGGAGCGGCCACAGGCCAGUUCCUCUGUCAUCACCCAGAUGUGGCCAAAAUCUCUUUCACUGGCAGCGUGCCGACUGGCAUCAAGAUCAUGGAGAUGGCAGCUAAAGGGAUCAAACCAGUCACCCUGGAGCUGGGGGGAAAAUCCCCCCUUAUAAUCUUUUCUGACUGUGCCUUGGAGAAUGCUGUGAACGGAGCCCUCAUGGCCAACUUCCUCACACAAGGCGAGGUGUGCUGCAAUGGCACACGCGUGUUUGUGGAGAGGAAGAUACUGGAUGUCUUCACAAAGGAGGUGGUGAAACGUACCCAGAAAAUCAAAAUUGGAGACCCGCUUCUGGAAGACACACGGAUGGGAGCCCUCAUCAACCGGCCCCACCUGGAUCGUGUCCAGGGCUUUAUCAAGCAGGCAAAGGAGCAGGGGGCAGAGGUGCUGUGUGGUGGGGACCUGUUCGUGCCAGAUGACCUGAAGCUGAAGAAUGGCUACUACAUGCGACCCUGUGUGUUAGGGAACUGCACAGAUGACAUGACAUGUGUGAAGGAAGAGAUCUUCGGGCCUGUCAUGUCCAUUCUGCCAUUUGACACGGAGGAGGAGGUUGUGGAGAGAGCCAACAACACCAAAUUUGGCCUGGCAGGUGGUGUCUUCACCAGGGAUAUCCAGAAGGCUCACAGAGUAGUGGCUGCUCUCAAGGCUGGGAUGUGCUUCAUUAACAACUACAACAUCAGCCCUGUGGAGCUGCCUUUCGGAGGAUACAAGGCAUCAGGAUUUGGCAGAGAGAACGGGCGGGCAGCCAUCGAGUACUACUCGCAGCUGAAGACUGUCUGCGUGGAGAUGGGUGAUGUGGAAUCUGUGUUUUAGUGGCUCUGGGGCCUGCUCAAGGGAGCAUAAGCCCAGCAGCCAGAGAUGUGGAUCAUUUACACAGCAAUAAAGUGCUCUAAAAUUGUAAGUGUCUGGGGGGGGAGCGUAGCUGGAGCAGCAUUUAGCCACCCUGCUCCUGCAAGGGGGAAUGUACGCACAGGGCUCAACCUGUGGGCCUGAUCUGUCUGAUCUGGUAGAAGAUGGGAACCUUGGAGAAGGAUGUAGCAAUGUGGCUUGCAGCAGCAGCACGUGCAGCUACAUAGGUGUAACCAGAGGCUUGCCAGUGGCAGAGGGCCGGCCCAGGCUGCUUCCCCUGCUGUGUGCCUUGAACCCCAUUACCUUCCACCCUCAGUGGAAGCUCCAGCAUAGGACAGAGUGCUGCCUAUCUUUAGUGAAAGCUAUUUGACUUCCUUCCUAUAGACCUACUCUUCUUCAUAAACAUGAUGAAGCAACAACUUUAAAUGUUUGCCUACAUCUUUUUUUUAGCAAUCAAAUAAAUAUUAAUUCUGUUUGGAA